AUGGACGCAAGCCAGGAGCAAUCCCGCAGACGGCUGCCCUUUUCCUUUGGGUUCUUGAAGAGACAAGAAGUGCCUUUCCAUCAGCAAAACACCAUGUCUGCUACGUCCGGGAAUCAGUUGUCGACCGAGAUGGAGCCCAUGGCGCCUACUCAUGGAAUGUGGACAAACCCUACCUCUCAAGGUGUUAAGCCACGACCGGCAACUAUCCAUGAAGGAUUCGCAUAUAGUAUGGCUGGCGGCUUUGGGACUUUGCCCGCGUGGAAUCAACCCUCUUUGAGCAUCCCGCAAGCGCAACACACCCCAAGCGACGUCAUGUUCCCGCCGACCUCGAUGCCUCACGAGUUCUAUCCGCAAACGACAGACGCGUGGGGUCAGAGACAUUGCGGAGAACAUGUUGAUAUGCCAGCUUUGGAUAACGACCUUGCAAUCGGGCAGGCUUUUACCAGUGACGAGGUCGUUCCCAUGGACCUUCAGUAUCAGGGACAUCAGCAGUUGGAAGGUGAUCAGAUGAACUUCGACGGCGGGUUGAACCAGCGCAGAAUGUCUGGAUCGUCGUUCAGCUUGUCGACUUCCGGUGCCUUUUCCGACAUGCCCUCAUACGAUGAGUUUUCUGCCUCGCUUUCUGAUGCGCAGUCCAUCUCCGAUUAUCGGCCAACUUCGAACCGCAACUCAGCAGAGGCCGUGCGUCGCCUUCCCCCCGGCCCCGGAGCGCGCGCUGCCCCAUACAGCGUGGAUGGUGGCAGGAGCAAGAGAUGGUCAACUGGGUCUUACGGUACACCUGCUAGCAGAAGGCCUUCCCCUUUUGUUUACCACCACGGAUCGCAAGACGCCUUCCACUCUCAAACCCGGAUGCAGUCCCAUCACUCCUCCCCCACGGUCGUUCAACCGCAGCUACCGCUCAGCUUUGGAAACCUGCAGGCAGUACAGCAGAACCCAUAUUUGCUUGGGAACAAUGGCCCAGUACUUCAGCAUGGCGGCAUGCUUCUUCCGUCUCAACUGCCAUCACAUGGCUUCCAUCCAGUACAGCAUCACUUUGAACAACCACCUCCGCUGCUUUCUCAUGGAUUUUUUCGUAUGCUUUCGAGCAAUGCUGACCCCAGCUCCCUGCAUCACCACUACGCCGAUCUUUCGGAUCCGCCUGAUCUCUUUGCUGCACUCCAGGAGGAACAGCUUGAUCCCCCACCCGAAGAUAUGAAUCCCGACGAUCCCGAAAUGGUGCCCCAUGAACAGGAGCUCAGGUUCGACGGCGACCUUUACACUCCCAAAUGGGUACGCGGACACGGAAACAAGAGGGAAGGGUGGUGCGGAAUCUGCAAGCCAGGGCGUUGGCUAGUGCUCAAGAACUCAGCGUACUGGUACGACAAGAGCUUCACACACGGGAUUAGCGCACCGACAGGAUGUCGCUUCCAGGAACCGCAAAAGAUCAGGCGCAUGGAAGGAAACCCGGAAGUAUGGGAAGGCUUUUGUGGCACUUGUCGUGACUGGGUCGCGCUGGUGAGCAACAAGAAGAAGGGCACCACCUGGUUUAGGCACGCGUACAAGUGCCAUACCCAUACCAAGAUCAAAGACACACCAAAGCGGCGAAGGGGGAGCAGUCACACGCGACCUUCAAGCAUGAUCAAAGCCAAAGCUGAACCGCAGAUUGCUAGCCCGCUGGGAGGCCAAAUGCAGGACAGCUCGAUUGCGGAAACACCUUCCCUAUCCCAGACGUCGGGGGAAAGCCAAUUUGAGCAAGCACAAGAUGAUAAUUGUUCAUCAUUGUCACCGCCAUCUAUGCAACCUCUUACACCGCAGCCAUCCGCCGACCAGCAAUCGGAGCUUUGUCAACCGCCCGGAUUGAAUUCGCACCUUGACAAACUGCAACCGCCGCCAAUUCCUCCACGCGAUGGGCGUCGCCAUAAUAUUCACGCCCAGAUCACAUCUGCCCCUCGCUCCUGGCCUGCCCCCUUCACUGCUGAAGUGGCCAACUACCAGUGA